CAUACCCAUAUUAAACCUGUCCAGCGUGUGGAACAUGUAAACGCUUCCCCUUGGGAUUUCGGAUUGGAUUAAGCGCCACGGCGUGUGUCGGAUUUGUUGUGCGGCUCCGCCCGGUGUGCGGUGGUUUGCGGUGUUGUGCGGUGGCGUGCUCUUCGAGCUGUGUGCACACAUCUAAGAGUUUUAUUGGUCUGCCCGACAGCGGCGAGGGAGGACUGGUUUCACCCCACACGUAGGACAAAGGGAACAAGGGGGUGAAAUUAAGGGGAAAAGGAUACGUGUCAAAGAAGAGAAGGAUGAAAAUGGAUAACUUUCACCUCACAGUCGUCUUUGGGAUUUUAAUGUGGGGUUGCUGCUCGGCCCGAGUGGUGAAAGUGUCUCCUGGUCCAUUAAUCCGGGUGGAGGGUCAGCCAGUCUCCAUCCGAUGUGAUGUCUAUGAGUAUUCGGGACCUCGUGAGCAGGAUUUUGAGUGGAUGAUGUCCAGGGAUACAAGUGCGGUGCGGCUGAAGAUAAUCUCCACCUUUGACAACAGCUACUCCCACCCAUCGCUCAGCAAGCGCGUCGCAUCGGGCGACAUCUCGGUGGCGAGGCUUGAGGACAACAAGGUGGAGCUGAAGAUAGCAGAGGUGAAAUCGCUGGACGCAGGGCUGUACUGGUGUCAAACGCCAAGUACCGACUCUGUCAUCAGUGGAAACUAUGAGGCUCAGGUCCAGCUCAUUGUCAUUCCCAACACCCUCAGCGUCUCCCCGCAGACCCUGCCCCAAGAAGUGCCAGAAGGAAGUGACAUCACACUCUCUUGUAAUGUCACACGGGUGCUCACCCACCCCACCUACCUGUCGGUUACCUGGCUGCUGAAGACCGCCACAACAUCAGAGGAAAUCCUGACGUUUGGUCCACAGGGUGGUGUCACCACAGGGGCAAAGUUUGCGCGGCGCUACGCCGAUGGAGGCAUCCGACUUGUUCCUGGGAAGAAUGGAGUGUUUGAGCUGGUGAUAUCCAGGGUGAUGACGUCCAACGAUGGGACUUAUGAGUGCAACGGAACAGAGUGGACGCAUGAAAACGAGAAUGGCGGAAAGUGGAUAAAGAUUGUGGAGAGUACAAAGGAGAUGGGAACUGUUAAAGUCAUUCCAACAGGUCAGUCCCUCAGUGUGAAAACUACGUCCUCGUCUCCGUCUCCGCUCCUCUCCCCCGGCGACACACUGACCCUCCUCUGCUCCGUCGGUGCCAGCAACCUGCAGGCCCUCGCCCUGGAAGUGACCUGGCUGGCCGGCGACCGUGACAUCAUCACCAUGGAGCGCAGCGGGGUUGUGAUCUCAAACACGUCCUCAAGCACCGUGCAAGGAAAGCGAGGUGAGGCGAGCCUGGAGAGAACAGGAGCCGGGGAGUACAGGCUGUCUGUGAGGGGAGUCGGUGAGGAGGACGGAGGAGAAUACACCUGCCGAGUCCGAGCCUUCAUUGACAAAGGAGGAAAGAGCGCGGGAGGAGGUGGGAGGUGGCACAUGGCUGCUGAGAAGAAGUCCAGCGCUGUGACAGUUAAAGUGUCUCAGAUCAAGCCAAACUUUACGCUGACCCUUGAACCCACCCUCAACCCACUCAUGACAGCUGAACCCACAGAGCUGGCUUGCCUGGUGAGCAACAUUGCCCAUCUACCCCUGGGAGGUCGCCUUGGUGUCACAUGGGAGUACACAACACUUCCUGGUGCAGGAGGUGGUCCUCAGACCUCGCAUCACAUUGGCUCGCUGGACGGAAAUGGCAACUUGUUGCCAGGGUCGACGUACUCUGACCGUCUGAAGAGUGGCGCGUUGUCUCUGACAAGAGUCCAGCCCAACACGUUCAAACUGCGUAUUCUCCGCACACAGGAGAUCGAUAUGGGCCAGUAUUCUUGUACUGUGUCUGCAUGGAGUGCCAGCAGCCACGGUGACCUGGUGAAGACCACUGAGUACAAGAGCUCUGCAGUGACUGUGCGAUGGGAUACUAAACGUCCAACUCUAAAUGUCAUGGCCAAACGUAUCCGCGAAGCCUCUGUGGGCGGGGCCACCUUUGAAAUGAGCUGCAUCGUGAGCCUUGAGAACCUCGGCGAGGCAGGCUACUCGGUGCUCAUCCAAUCACAGGAGAGCCUGGAGAGCAACGUGAGAACCAUCAUGACUCUCAGCCCGGACAAUGUCCUGCAGCAUGGUGGAGCUACGGACCCCAACAGGAGAGACAGUUUGGUUCUGGCAAAGUCCGGUCCGGCAGAGUUUCGGUUCCGCCUGGCGGGUGUCCAGCUGUCCGACAGAGGUUUCUACUGGUGUGACAUCACUGCAUGGACAAAACAGCAGCCGGGACAAACUUGGACCAGAGCCACAAGUGCUGAAUCCAACAAAGUCCGAAUUGACUUUCAGGAAAAUGGCCCGUCCUUCUCCAUCGCCAUCCACUCGGAUGACACCAGUGUUUAUCCGUCAACAACAGCCAAGAUGGAGUGUUCACUCAGCGUCUCCGGAUCCUCGCCAAAGACUGAUGACCUGGCCUAUGAGGUGCGUUGGUUUUUCACCAGGCUGCGUGGUGGACAAACGACCAACCAGGUGGCGAGCGUCGACCGCUUUGGCGUGGUGAAGGCAGAGGCUCGUAACUCCUCCAGUGAGAUCUCAGUGGAGCGCAGGGACACGCACUCAUACCUGCUGAACAUUUUUGGCACUCAGGACAGUGACAGUGGCGAGUAUUUCUGUGUGGCCACGCCCUGGUACCUGUCCGCUUCAACGGGAGCCUGGACUCAGGCUGGAGAGCUGACGUCGUCCAGAGUCUUCCUCACUGUCCAGUUCGCUGUGUGGGACUCUCUACAGUUACCUCUAUUAUAUGGUGCAUCGGCUUCCUUAGGUGUGGGCCUCUUCUCUCUCGUCCUGGGUCUCAUCUGUGCACAGUGCUGUUGCCGCAACACCGCACACACCCCGCGCUCGCGCAACAAACUGAUGGACCUGGAGAUGGACUGACAAACACUUUCCCCCGCACCCACACACUGCAGCAGCGCUCACAGGAAGCACCACGCACAAAACAGACACACACCCGUAGACGAUUUCUGGGACACGCAACUGUUUCCCAGUGACGGACGUUGGGAGUAAAACUCUGUGCCGCUUUGGAAACAGGAGCCUGAUCCCGAGGUGCUCAGGAUCUAUCAGCUCUGCAGUGGAGGAGCAGGGGAGGGGACUAUAGUACACUUUCAGUUUUUUUUUUUUUACUAGCAGCAAUGGGGGAAAUAACCCGUUGCUCUGAAAAUCCAACAAAAUCUGUGGUGCUUCCAGUGAUUUUUACACGGAUAUAUUCACUCCCCAUUAGAACCAGAGCACUACAGGAGACUCUGAGGGACGCAGAAUUUUGGAGGAGACGUCACUGCCACUUGGGAAUAAAGGACCACUAAACUCACCUGCUGCCUCUGCACAUGAUGUCGCCAUGUUUCGGUAACUGGAUCUCCCAAACACAGGUGGAUCUUCGUUUGUUUGGACGCUGUGUCCAUGCGGAGACGCCAUGAGAGUUAAAGUAGCCCGAGGUUUCUGUCAUCAGUUCAGGUCUUGCUUUUUUAGCAUCAUGUUCAUCGUUUGGCAGCAGAGGUCCCAGAAAAUGCAAGUGCGCCAUGUGUGUUUUUCAUACAAGAGGUAUUGCACUAGAACUAGCACCCCAGAGUAUUCUCACCCUGAACAAAGGGACGACACAAAUCUUUAUUCUCACCUCUAGUUUUUUGAAAAUUAAGAGAGAUUUAAAAAAAAUAAAAAAUAAUUAUUAUUAAGCUUUACAAUGAGAUAUGCAGUUUUUGGUGUGUUUGUGUGUGAGGAAUUCAGUACGUGGUGCCAAUAUUUGUGUGCUUGGUCCAUUUUUUUGCCAGAUCAAACACUUGAACUGCCACAGACGACAAGCACUCGUCUUUCAUAGAUAUUCAGAAAUGUACCCAGCUGUUGUUUUUUGCCUGAGUCUUGUGUAUUUUUCGUACACCGUGUGAGUGCUGUACUACAGGAUGUGAGACAAAGACAUGCAUGUACUUUUUUUUUUACUUUUUUAUGGCAGAUAUCAAUAAUGAGCACAGGCCUUUUUCAGGUUUAAAGUCUCCUACAUAUCGAUCUUGACAGAAACCCAUAGGAAAAUCAUGCAUGUCUCUCAGUGUUUUCUGAAAGACCUGUCUAACUGCAGACUUUUAGGUGGGUGAGGAAGUGGAUGAUCUAGCUCUGUGAACAGCAAAGUAAAGUAUAACAGAUUAUAGUGUUUAAUCCAUCGUUAAACCAUCUUUUUAUUCGUUUUAUGUCCCUGUGGACGCUAAAGAAACCAGACACAACAGGUUCCUCUGUGACAUUUCGUGCUGCUGCUAUGUGCCUUUUCCACGGCAGCCAUUUUGACAUGUCAGAGCAGGACAAGAGCAGCCGUUGAUGAUCCUUUGUUUGGUUCAUGUCAAGUCAGGACACACCCUGAAAGUGAGGAAGCUAAAUGGAACGCAGCCGUCAUUAAAUUGAUUAUUUACCCCUGUGUUAUUUUUUUAAGUCAGUCUUUAGACUGUGUUUUUUUGUGCUAUUUUAAGCUAUGCUAACUGGACUUUUUUUCAAAUCCAACCACCUCCACACCCUCUUUUUUUUUUUUUUUAAUUUUUGGCUUUUAAAAAUAUUUUAGGUGUUUUGUUUCCUACAACAGUAAAGGAUCCCAUUAAUAAUAAUAUUAAUAAUACAGUGUAAAAUAAAUCAGACUCUGUGGUAACUUUCAAAGCCAUCAAAUGAAUAUAAACGUUGACUGGUGUACCCUGUUGGCUUUAAGUGUGAACACACACCUCCAGUAACAACACACACACACGUGUUGUGUGUGUGUGUGUGUUGUGUCUAAACUCGGUACGAUCCAAAAACACCUGUUAGGUUUGUAAUAAUGUGGGUUCGACUGGGCUUGGUUAGAGCCUGGUUUGAUUAUUUAAAACUUUACGCAGUAUUUUAAGCAACUAAGAGAACUUUAUGAGCAAUAUGAGGCCACGUAGUCAAAGUAUUUUCUACAUUUUAAACAUGAAUUUGGUCUGGCUGAAGAAAAGAAAUAAAAAAAACACAAAGGAAUCUCAAUAACCCAGAUCACAGCCCUGUGAUUCUUUUAAGAAAUA